AUGUUCUACUCACACUCGUUGUUGGCUAAGAAGACGCCUCUUGGAAUGGUGUGGAUUGCUGCCCACUCUCAGAAGAUGAAGAAGACUCAGAUUGACUGGGUCGACAUCCAGUCUUCUGCAGAUGAUAUUAUGUAUCCUCUAGCUGCAAUUGCUUUGAGACUAUCAAGACAUCUUUUGGUUGGCCUUGUCAAAAUAUACUCAUGGAAGAUGAAUUAUCUUUUCCAGGACUGUAACAGAAUGUUAACAAAUACAAGGGUGGUUGUUGCUUCGAUACACAUCAAUUUACCCACAAAUGCAGAUAAAGCGCCAUUUGAAUCUAUAACAUUACCUGAGACCUAUAACCUUGAUGCAUUGGAGUUAGAGGAAUCAAUCAAUCUUAUUGAUGGCCCAGACAAUCACCAAAAAGAUUAUGAGCAAAUAACUUUGGCAGGUCAUGUGUUGCCGCCAUUAGAUGAUGAUUUGGAUGUCAGCCGAGCUAUAAAUUCUACAUCUUUUGAAGGUCUCGGUUCAAAUAUUCAUGGCAAUGGUUCUUUUCAAACUUUUGAUUCCAACAACAAUAUUCAAAAUUUUCAAAAAAUUGAGGUUAUGUGUGACAAUAACUUAGAGCUUGAGAACCGAUUAGAGUUGGACAAUACUAGCAAUGAUGUUGAAUUAAAUGAUCAUUCUACAUCAGUAACAAAGAGAAAGCAUAGUUUUGAUCCAAUGCUUGAAGAUAUUUUGGUUUCUAGAGAGGAACCUUUGCCUUCAACAUUUCAUGUCACAUCACCAGUGACUACAUUUGAUUCCAACAUUGCAAACAUGGAUAUAUCUUCUGGUAAGAUUUUUUUUGUUCUCUGA